AUGGAGGAGCCGUGUUUUGACUUCCUGCGCACAAAAGAAACUCUGGGGUACCAGGUUUACCCGUUGUACAGAAACACGUCUGGAGUUCUGGGUUUUUCCGUCACUGUCCAAACUCAGGCCACGAAGUUCAGUUCGGAGUGGGUGGAGGAGCGGGUGCAGUGUUUCCUGUCGUCCUUCGGGAGGCGCCUGUCGUCUCUGAGCGCAGACGCCUUCAGGACGCAGCUGCAGGCGCUGGUGCAGCAGAAGAAGAAACACGACUCCAGUUUAAGAGAAGAAGUCGAACGAAACUGGAACGAAGUGACGACUCAGCAGUACUUCUACCACCGAGUACUACGACAGGUGGAGGUUCUGUUGAGUUUGUCUCAGGAGGAUUUGGUGUCGUGGUUCAACGAACUUCAAGAAAACAACAGAAAACUCAGUGUCCACGUGGUGGGCUUCGGUGAGCAGGAGGAGCAGGAGGAGUGUGAGUGUGUGGAGUCGUCAGCAGGAGGCGCCGUCGCCGUCGCCUCGUCACACGAUGAAACCAAAGAACUGCACUUCCUGUCCGCCUCAUCACCGUGGUUACAACAGGCCACACCCAUCUGUGACAUCAGCGCCUUCAACGCCGCGCUGCCCCUACACCCCCCCCACAAAGUACUGCAAUAAAAGUACUUCUACACCCCCCACACACACCAGUUUAGA